UGAGCGAAUCGCAGAGAAGAGGAGGCCGAGAACUUGAAAAGUUUUUGCUACUAAAAACUCGUAAAUUUUCUGCGAUAGGCAAAUCGUUCAGAUGAACUUAUGUCUCGUUUCAUCCGAUUAGUUCAAAAGUAGAUCGGCUAGUGAAGAGUGAAACGUAAGUUUUCGCAAGAUUGUGAAUCAUUCGUCGUCACCUCGUCUGUCACUGCUCUAUUUUGUCGCGGGGGCACCGUACAAAGACGUUGCUGCUGUGCGAAAUCGUCGGGAAAAGUUUAAACCUAGUGUGUUGGGGCCGUGAAACGUUCCGUAUUUGGCGUUAGAAUGGAAGUUGAAACAAAGACAAAUGGCUCGACGUCGACGAUUGGCAAGAAAAAGGACAAAAGCGACGAGAAGGAGAAUUUAUGGUCUUCAAUUUUAAGUGAAGUUCAAAAACAAGGCAGCACAAAACUACCAUCAAACAAAUCAGUUUUAGUACUAGGCGAUAACGCAACAGGGAAGACAACCUUGAUUGCUAAAUUACAAGGUGUCGAGGACCCGAAAAAAGGUUCUGGACUUGAAUACGCUUAUAUUGAUGUAAAAGAUGAAUACAGAGAUGACGUAACACGAUUAGGAGUUUGGGUACUGGAUGGUGAUCCAGGCCAUACAAAUCUUCUCAGCUUCGCAUUAAAUGAAGCAAAUUAUGCACAUACUUUAGUCAUAUUAACAGUGUCGAUGAACACACCAUGGAGUUGGCUGGAACAACUCCAACAUUGGAUCAAGGUCCUAGCUGAUCACAUUGAUACUUUGAAGCUUGAAAAAGAAGAACGACAGGAAGCCAGACAACGUUUGGUGUCAGCCUGGCAGAGCUAUUGUGAAGUUGGCGACGACAUGGACCCUGGGUCGCCAAUAAAAAGAAGUGUGAGGAUGAAUUCUGUAGACGAUGAUGAUAUUCUACCAUUGCCAGAAGGAGCACUCACAACGAAUUUAGGACUGGAUAUCGUUGUUGUAGUCACAAAGACUGAUUAUAUGACAACACUAGAGAAAGAAUACGAUUACAGAGAUGAACAUUUUGAUUUCAUUCAACAAUGGAUUCGUCGGUUUUGUUUACAAUAUGGGGCUUCUUUAUUCUACACAAGUGUCAAGGAAGAUAAAAACUGUGAUCUCCUUUAUAAAUAUUUAACACAUCGGAUUUACGAUAUACCAUUCCGAACACCAGCGUUGGUUGUGGAAAAGGAUGCUGUUCUGAUUCCUGCAGGCUGGGAUAAUCUUAAGAAAAUCAGUAUACUUUAUGAAAAUAUGCAUUCAUGUAAGGCAGAGGACUACUACACAGAUGUUAUUGUACCUCCUCCGACACGAAAAACGGUUUCAAACCGUGAAAUCGAAGUGCAAACGGAAGAUGAACAAACAUUUUUAAUACGACAGCAACAGAUUCUGCAACAAGGUCAAGGACAAAUUAGAGGCGAAUCACCGCUAAGGUCGCAAAGUGGAAAGCCAUCGAAUCGUACUCCUGGGUCUACUGGACAAGGCUCACCGAAAAAGAUGGAUGUAAAGUUAAAUCCCUCGACUCCAGGUGGUGAAGGGGUUCUUGCAAGCUUCUUCAAUUCCCUUCUAUUAAAAAAAUCGGGCACACCUGGUAAUCCUGGAACGCCGGGAGCAGGAACCACUCCCAGAGCACCAAACGGUCUUGAAAAUGUCACACCUGAGAAAAUUACAAUGAGGACUGCUGAACUCGAACGCUUAUCAAGAAGUCUUAAGAAAGAGAUGGAUUUUUCACAAAGUGAUUGUUGAAGAGAUUAUUAUAUAAUAAAAAUAAGUAAAAAGAAUAAUUGAUAGGAAUAUAGUUUCAAAUAUUUAAAUAAAAAAGAUAAAAGAACUUUACAUCUUUUCGGAAUCGCAGUAACUGCGACAAGUCGAACUAAAAGCGUGCGAGGAGAUCGCUAGAGCCUCAAAAUGCAUAUAACUAUGGCCUUUCCCGAUCAAAUCUUUUUGCCAUUUUUUUAAUUUUGAAAAGAUUUCGAAUCGAAGGAAAAGGAUGACAUCGAUUGAAAAUUCUCGUGUAAAUCUCAACGGCAGGCAUUUCAUGAAAUGCUAGUUUGAAAUAGUAGAAAGGAUAUGAAUCGAGUUUUCUGUUAACAGUCACUAACAAUGUCUUUUCUUAUUAUUUGGGAUACAAAGCAUAAAAAGACCUUGAUAGGGCAAGUUGUUAAUAUUUUGAUGCUUUAUAUAGUAUUUCUCCCAAUGCGUAUAUAUUUUAAAAGAUUUUAUAUAUCCUUUAUUUAUUAAAUAUUUUUUAAAUAAACCAGGAAGUAAAUAAUAUAUAAUAGUAAAUGUAAAAUAUAAGGAAGAAGAUAUUUAUGUUUCAAAAACAACUGUCGUAAACUAUCUGUACCCAGUAUCAAACUAAGUUCGAAAGAAUAAAAUUAUAAGAAAAUACUUACUAGCCAUAAAUCCAAAAGUAAAUCUGUAGUAAUUUAAACAAAUCUUAUAAAUAAAAACAAAAAUAUUGUAAAGUUACUUAAUAUGAGGUUAUGAAUUUUGGCAUCGAAACGUUUCCUAUCUUAGCAAAGAAAAACACUUGAAAAAUAUGCAGUGACUAACUGGCCGCAACGAAGCGAAAUCGGAAAAUAGAUGGUUUAAAGUAAUUACUUUGUUCUUGUUCUAUCGUACAAAUUAACCUUUGACCAACGCGACUACAUCAUACACAGAACACAUUAAACUAGCAGUGACGGGUCUAAAAGAACUUUUGAUGCGCAAAAUUAUUCAAAAGAUAAUUUUUUUUAUUUUGUAAGAAAACAUUUUUACGAGGAGAAAUCAUAUUCUAUUGACUUUCGAUCAGAUGCCUUGAGUAUAGAAUUUUCUGACUACUUAUGAUUGUAAAUGUUGUGAUUACAAUACGACAUUCAAUACCUGCAACUUUGAUAUUUUUAAGCUGCUUCGGAAUUUUGUUGCUUUUGGGCCAAGUAUGUCUGUCUAAUCUACUAUUCUAACUUAACUCAGCUGGGAGAGAUAGAUAAAGUGAAAAAUACAUAUUCAUUUAUACUGAUAAAAAAUAUUAACGGUCCAAUCACCUAUGUAGAGCUCGUUCUCAUGAAUAAUAUCGAAAAGUAAGAUAUGAAAAGAAUGAUUAAUAAUUUUCUAAUAAAGAAAAAGGGGCAGAAGAUCAGAAAAGGAAAA